AAAAAAUACCGAUCCAUUAAUUGUGCAGCAUAAUUUUGAUGAAAUUGCCGAAAGAGUACCACCUAAACAACAUGAUCCCGAUGAGACGACACCACUUUUUGCAUUCAAUAAAAGAUAUCACCCAUCCGUUGAAA